UCUAAUUUCAACUGUUAUGAUAUAUUUUUAGAUUCAUGAAAUUGUUUAAUAAAUUUUAUCAGUGGCAAUACCUUAUCUUACAAAAUGCUAUUAACAGCAUUGGCGCACUUGAAUAAUUUGCGCCCUAUUGUGCCAACGGCUGCAUUAGUUGCUGUUUCACCAACGAUUUUCAUUGUGCACUCAUCCUGGCGACUUGUGUCAACUGUAUUACCAAGAAAUAUGUUUUAUCCAGUUGAGGAUGCUAUUUGGGGGUGGUAUCAAAAAUUUGUUGUGUUCGUGUUUGAGGCAUGUACUGGCGUGGAAAUUAUUGUAAAAGGUGACAUACCUGACAAAAUUGAAAAUGUUUUAAUGAUAUGCAACCAUCAGACUGCAAUGGAUUGGAUUGUUGCAGACUUUAUAGCACUUCGUCAAGGUAUGAUCGGACAUAUGCGAUUUGUAUUCAAAAACAUUCUCAAAUAUUUCCCCCUUUAUGGAUACGUGUGGGGUGUGCAUGGAGGUAUAUUUGUUAGGAGAGAUGGCACUUAUAACGCAAUGAAGAUGAAAAAAACUUUGAAAAUGCUCAUGGAUAGGAAAGUCCCAUUAUAUUUAGUGAUAUAUCCAGAAGGUACAAGAUUUUGUCCUGGCAAGACAUCUCUUCUAGAAAAGAGUCGAGCGUAUGCUUCUGAAAAUCGACUCGAGCCGUUAAACAAUGUUUUGACACCUAGGAUUAAAGCUUUUCAUUGUGCAAUAUCAACACUUGGUGAUUACUUGGACGCAGUGUAUGAUGCUACAUUCAUAUAUGAAUUCAAAGGUGAAGAAUCAAGUGAAAGAAUUCGACACAUAGCUCCAUCCAUGUGGGAUUUCCUUGCUGGAAAAUGCAGCAGAGUGUUUAUACAAUUCAAUAGAAUACCUGCAUCUGAGGUACCCGUUGUAGAUGGAAUGGAAAGCCCAACUUUUCAGUGGCUCCACAUGCGAUUUAAAUUGAAGGAUAAUUUGUUAAAGCGUUAUUACAGCUUUGAUAAUAACAAUAUCACGGAUGCAGAUUCAAAAGCAGAAUUGAAAAAUAGAAUUCUACAAGUGUCUGAUAUGGGACGUGUUUCACCAAUCGGUAAUACCAUUGCUGCUUCGGUAUCUUUAGUUGGAUUGACCCUCUUGCUUCUGAGUUCUCAUACGGGAAGAAUGGUAUAUGCAACAACCGCUGCAGCGGGAACUGUAUUUGGUUUAGUUUAUGCACAUUUAAUGUUUUAAAUUGCAUUAGUAGGAGACUACUAAAUUCUCAGAAUUGUAUAUAUUGCUAUGCACACACUAACUAAGUUCAUGCACACAUGGAAUUUAAUAAUUUUUUGCAGUACUGAAUUAUUUUAUGAGCCCUCGAAAGUUGUUCAAUUUAGCGUUACAGAACAGUGAUAGUUUACCCCUUGAUUUCAUGUCAUGGUCUCAAAUAUAUAAUUCGUAAAUUGUGGCUGUUGAAAAAGAAUUUUCCAUUAAUCAUAGUUCACUUAAUUAUCUCACUUUUUAUUACUUACAUAUUACUACCUAUUGCAUUCAUUGGGUUCAUGCCACAUGUUAUCUAUAUCCUAAUUCUCUUGUUGAUAGUUAGGUCAUUCUGUUAGUUAAAUUUUCAGACAAAUCAACCUAAAUUACUUCACAUUAACACGAAUGUAUUUCUGUCACGUUUCCAGUACUGUUGGACUUCAUCAGGCAAGCAAUUUUCAGCUGGGAAUAAUGUAGAAUAUUGGGAAAUGGCUGUCUGAACAAGUCUGACGAAACGUUAGCGAAAUACAUUUUUGUUAGUGUGCAGCAAGACUCUUGAAUCAAAUAGAAUAGUCAUCCUAAUUCAGCAUCUCUGUUACACGCAUACAUAUCCACGAAAUUGGGGGAUAAUGCAAUUCUCUCCUAUCAAUAGAAGCUGUAUUCGAUUCGGUUUUCGCAUUAUUAUUUCCCCCAUAUUUGUGUUUAUUAUAAAAUAUAUGGUGCCAAAACUGCAUCAGUGUAAUUUAGUAUUCUUGUCAGCUACGGUAUUUUUUGAUGCACCAGUACUGUAUGUCGCAAUGAUUUAAUAGGCCUAUUAUAUAUGCUUAUUCGCACACAUAUUUGAUGUUUUUUUUUUCAACUGAUAUCAAAGACAUCAAUUUAUGGAAAAACUGGAGAAUAAUUGUUUAACAAAUAUUUUUUUACUUUAUCAAGCCAUUCUCAUUGUUUGUCAUACACCCAACACCCUAAUAUACAAUUUUUUUUAUAUCAAGAUAUUUACAUCAAAAAUCGAUUUCCAAGUACUUUGAAGGCAAAUUUUUUAUAUCAUCCAUUCUGAUAUCAAGUUUUAUCAGAACUCCAUUUUUUGUCAGUAUAUGUCAGUGGGUCUUAGUUUUCAAUAUGGUAUAUUUUAUGAAUAGUUAGUUUGUCAGUGUGCAUCCUUGUUCAUGGCUGUGAAUACUUUGAUAUUUAAUCGAGAUGUAAAGUGACCAAAAAAGUUCAGUUUUUUUUGCCAUAUUUAAGAUUUUAUAUUGUUGUAUCGUAUGAUAUAUCUGUUGUAGUACUUAUGUUACUAGUGUGUGUCGAAAAUUGAAAUGUGGAAUUAGUAUAAUAUAUAACUUUAAUUUGGAUUGUCUUCAUUCAAGAUUCGCUUCUGUAUAAAAUUGUUCAUGUGCUUCAAAUGUUUUAUAACAAAUACUGAUAAUUGCUUGUUUUGUUUUUUAUCCAUGCUUUCAUAUUUUUUAUACACUGUAUGGUAGUUGUUUUUGUGUGUAUUGCAAGUGUGUAUCAGAUGGAUGAAUAAAAUGAAUUGGAAUUACCACAGUAUAUAUUAGUAUUGCAGUUAAAUAGCGUUGUCGUCUCUCUUUAUUUUUGAGUGUUGGCAUGGAUAGGUACAUGAUCACCAGACUGCAUUUUAAUAUUUAAAGAUAAGCAUUUUUUGUUUAUGCACUCCUGCAACUUUUAG